CGUGGAUGUUCAAUGUAAUCCUUCAACAUACUCAUCACAUAAUAUCCAAAAAUUUUGCACCAAAUAUUAAAUUCCUUAUUACCAAAUUCUAGGCCAUUAUCUAUCCUAAUAACUUUAAGCAACUUACCAAUUUAUUUCUCAACAUAGUUCUUCCACUGUUUAAAUUUUUCAAAGUAAUCACUCUUGUGUUUUAAAAGAUAAAUUCAUACCCUUAUGCUAUAAUUGUCUACUAUGGAUAAAGCAAAUUAACUCUUGCUCCCAAGUUGUUUGAUGACCUCUUAGUAAAAACAUGCCAUAUGCCAAUGAUAUUUGGAUUACCCCUAUAGUAAAGAUGUUCUUUUGUUUUUUAUUUCUUUUCUUUAACAGAAUUUAUGGAGCUCGGUGAACAAAGACAUAGUGGUGAUGAUACUUCAUUAGUUUCUGCCAGCAAUGAACAAGAGUUGUACAUAAUGGAUAUCGGGUCAAGUCAUGCAUGCAGUGAAGAAACAGACAAUGCCAUAAAUAUUGGGCCAGCACUCAACCAAGGGAGAAUCCACGACACUAUAGGCCCUCCACAACCACAACCACAACCACAACCACAGCCACAAACUUUGACCCCACGUCAACAUUCACCACUUAGUGAUGCAGAAUUAUUAGAAAGAUGUGGUCGAAUCCGAACAAUAAAAAAACUCAAAAGAACAUCAUCGGCGCCAUCUACUUGGAUUCCAAUAGAGAAGAGCAAGAUAUGUGUAGUAGGACGCAAUCUUCGAGAGAUGAAUAAGAUAGGGUGGAAAAUGUCAAUAUGUCUUUUGUUGAUUGCCCUAUUUUUCUUCAUGGAGCUUAACCUCCCUUUGAACGGCAAGGCAACCAACAGUACUACUGUAGACAUAUUAUACCUUAUCACGGCUAGUGUCUCCACAGUUGGUUAUGGCGAUCUUAGUCCAAACACAGUUUAUUCAAGAUACGUCAUCGUUUGUUGUGUGAUGUUGAGCAUGGCGUGGCUAAACCAUCUGUUUAGUCGUCUACUAACUGACAUUCUCGGUUCAAAGGCGAAAAAAUGGUCAUCGCUCAACCGCAACCUCAAAGUCCUUAUCUCCUUUCUAGCUCUUGUAUGUUUGCAAAGUCUUGGAGUGUUGUGUUUCCACUAUGUUGAGAAAAUACCAUGGGAGGAGAGCGUGUAUGCCACCCUAGUGACUUCUACCACACUAGGGUAUGGCGACUACCCUUUUGCAACAUGGAAAGGACGAAUAUUUGCAACUUUUUGGAUUAUUCCAAAUAAUUUUGUCUUCACAAAUUUUUUUGUAAUACUUUACCAACAUAUUCAAAAGCGUCGCUUUUUAAAUAAGAUGUUGACCGCUGUGGAGCUGGUAGAGGGGGGAAGAAGGUCCGGAUGUAUGAGCAAAUCUGAAUUUGUCUUGUAUUAUCUAUGCAAAAUGGAAGCGGUGGAAGGACAACUUAUUCAAGAUAUUGAGGAAAAAUAUCACGAAUAUGCAGAAGAAUAUGGCCCAAUAGCUACAGUGGGACAUAUCAUGGACAAGUACAAAGAGAAAGGCUUAAAUCUGGAUGAUCCAAAUCCAGGGCCACAUCCACAUCAUGGUUGACAUUCACAAGCUAGGAAAAAGAAAAAUGGUGACUGAAAUCAUGGUGAUUAGCCUCUGCUCAGUGCUCACUUCGCUCGAAUCCUUCUUAUUCUCAAAUACGCACGCUCUCUCUCUCUCUCUCUCUCUCUCUGUGCUUACAUUUUUCAGACGUGGCUUUCUCUCAAUUUGAUCAGUUCUCUGUCGAACGUUGGCCUCAUGAUUAGAGCAAUAGCAAGUCAGAUAGGAGUGUGACCUGGGUUGUCGAAGUAGCUUAUCUAGGAGACAAGUACUUUGAAGCAAAGCAACCAAAAAUGUUUGGGAACUGCCAAAUGAGUUCAGCUUGUCUCAGCUCUGGAUAGCUUUUAUGAUUGGUAGUGUGGUAGAGUCACUAUGACACUACCAUGGAACUUGAGAAGAGAAGAAAGGAGAGGGCUCAGUUGGCCUCCAAUACGGGAGAAAGGAGCUGUCACACAUGUCAUCUUUUUUAGGCGAUCAUCAAUUUUUGGAAACACCUAAAUUUUGUGUAUUAAUACAUUUUUUCGAUAUUAGUUAUGUGAGGUGGUUAUGUAUUAAUACAUUUGAACAGAAUUCUUGGGGUAAAAAUAAGAAAGA